UCUUUGCACGGCGUCUGAGGCGCUGAGAAACGGUUCGGCUGCCCGACCGUCGUGCAGAGGAAAGAGGUUUUAACUUACUUUUGCUUUCUAUUUGUGUGAAUUGAGGUCUCACUCAGACAGAACAACACAGAAUGUGACCAGCAGCAGCGAGCAAAGUUCAGCUGAAAGUGUGUUUUUUCGAGAAAUUUCAAAGAAGAACAGAAGCGGCCGAGACGACUUCAGAGAAAUCAAGUGCCCCAUGCCGCAGCUGGAGGACCGUUGCUGGAGCUGCUCUUGUUCCCCCGGCAUGAAGUCGAAAGGUUUCCCGCCGGCCUCCAGAGCCCGGGAGGCGAUGUCCGCCGUGGCCGGGGCUGUGAGCCAGGCUGUCUGCUCUCUCCGCCGGCUCCACUCCGCCGGCCUGGUUCGCCGUGGAGUGGUGCUGUUCGCCGUCGGCGUUUUCCUCGCUCUGGUGCUUUACUUACUGCAGAUAAAGAGAAACGUGGUGCUGUUUCCCGAAGAGGUGCUGGACACCCUGCUGUCAUCCUCCUGGUGGAUCCCGCUGAGCUGUGGCACCGCUGCUGCUGUGGUCGGCCUGUUAUAUCCAUGCUUGGACAGUCACCUUGGUGAGCCGCACAAGUUCAAGAGGGAGUGGGCCAGCGUGAUGCGCUGCAUCGCCGUGUUUGUGGGCAUCAACCACGCCAGUGCUAAACUGGACUUUGCCAAUAACAUGCAGCUUUCUCUGACGCUGGCCGCUCUGUCCCUGGGCCUGUGGUGGACGUUUGACCGGUCGAGGAGCGGCUUCGGCCUGGGACUGACCACCGCUCUCCUGGCCACGCUCAUCGCCCAGCUGUUGGUCUACAACGGCAUCUAUCAGUACACGUCUCCGGAGGUUCGCUCCGUUCGCUCUUGGCUGCCCUGCAUCUUCUUCUCCGGAGGAGUGACGGUGGGCAACAUUGGACGGCAGCUGGCGAUGGGUUCAGCCGAGAAGCCUCACAGCGACUAGAGAGUCCGAGGAACGGCAGCUCGGACGUCUCGCCUGUUUCGGACCCUCAGAAUCGAGCGCUCGGAGAGGAACGAGGCGCUUCCGUCGAACUUUCACGCUCACGUUCGCUCCUCGAGAAAGAGGACGGACCGAGUGGACAAUGUGCCAAGUGGACAGCGCCUCCAAAUCGGACAAAAAAAAGAAAAAGAAAAACCAACUAUCCUGGCCUUCAUCACCACCUUCACCACCUUCACCAUCCUCCUCACUCGUCCCUGCACUGUCAGUGCUGGUGUUGCUCGUUACGCUGUGGGACACUAUGUAGCACAGACUGAACCGAAUUCAGGAGUGACUUAGCCUCAAUGUUUGAGUGAGUGCUGGUGGUUCGGGGUAGGGAUGCACCAAUAUGGGAAUUCUGGGAUUUUGUUUUUUUUAGGAAAUAUGCCUAUUUCCGAUGCUCAUGCUGACACGCACAUUUAGAGAACAGCUGGAUUAGUAUUAGUGAGAAAUGUAGCACUGAUUAGCAGAGGGUCACAAAUGCAGUACGUUUAAAGAGCCCAUAUCAGGGAAAACCCACAUUUUUCUUGGUUACAGUACAUUUCCAGUCCAGUCCUUUUACGGAAAAUAAGCUGGAAAAACAGCCUGUUUUGAAUGCAUGUUUUUGCGAUGUCACAAGAGUUUUACAUCUAUACGCCUGUCCGCCCUAAAGCUUGGCCCCGCCCAUUCAUGUUCAAGUUAUAAGGAGUGUUUUUCAGCCUGCUUCUCGAGUACAGGGCAAUCAGAACAGGCCUCAUUUGCAUAUCCGUCUUGAAGGAAGUGACAGAAACAGCCUGUUUAAUUUAAAUAUUCUACACUUGUAACUUGGGUUUAUGUAAACAGAACCUGUUACUGUGCCUUUAAGACUGAUGUAUGCAAAUGAGGACCAUCUGAUUGGCUUUGCCCCUAUUUGAAACACUCCUAAUUUUAGUGUGAGUGGGCGGGGCUUAACUGCUGUAUCUUAAGUGGAUGUAUGUAUGAAUGUGUUGAUUUUUUGUGACAUCACAAAAACGAUUUCAGAAGGAGCGGCUUAGUUUUUUUUUUUAUGUGUUUAGAAAAUUUAAGUGUUUACAUACGACAUCAAAGAGUUAUAUUACAUACGACAUCAGAAUUUUAUAUAUAUAUAUAACAGAUUUUCAGUGAUAUGGGCUCUUUAAUGGAUAAAGAGAGGCUGUGUAAAAAGAGUCACAGCAGUUUCUGAGUCAUGGCCCCGCCUCAUGUGUGGCCCCGCCAGGGGAAAACGGAAGGAUGGAGACCCUUUGAAAGAAAACUGACGUUCUCCUCUUUCCGAUAUCAGCCAAAUGUACAGUGUAUUUACCGAAGUGAUUCCGAUAUCAUGGUGCAUCCCUAACGUACAGGCCUGAGCGCUUUAGACCGGACGAGGUGGUGUGUUUAUUUGUUUAUUUGUUUAUUUGUUUUAAAUGAAAGGGAAAGACGUUUCGAGGCUGCGUGGAAAUGCCCGCCAUCCAAAGAGGAGAGAGAGCGGCACCAUACAGAGUAUUCGCUUUUGCCGACGAGGCAGGGAGGCGCAUGUACGCCGAGUGUUGAUGCAUCGAUGUUAAAGCUGGUUUGAAGUAUAUUAUGUAUAAGGUCAGGUGGUCAUAAGCAAAGCAGGCCUAAAGCCAGAAACGCCGUGAUGUUCAGCGAGCGCUGCCGAUUUCCACCGACAGGAGGCGCCGCAAACAUUGGCAUCGCAGAGUGGGCGGAGUCAGCGACGGCACAGAGUAGAGCACAGGUGCUGUGGAUAGGGCUGCCCACCGCUCACUCACUGCCCCCUAGUGUGUGUGUGUCUAUUCACUAGUGUGUAUGUGGCGUUUCACUGCACGGAUGGGGUUAAAUGCGGAGGUCUAAUUAAAUAAGGAGCGAAGCGAUGUGGCGACUACCAAUAGGAAUUGAGCGUUCAGCCAGAGAGGAGAGCUCCCACUCUAACGUCCUCUGGGUUUCUGGGUUGAGCUCCAUUCACCCCCCGUUCGUUGAGGACUUGCUUGCAGGCACCCCGUGGCCGGUUUUUGAUAUAAUGGGGGAAAUAAGAAGCGGCCAGACUCCUCGUGAACCGGCUCUGGUUCAGCAGCGUAGCUUUAUCUCGCUCCAUCGUUGGUUCCUGGGUAAUUAUUCCUGGUAGAGAUGGAGUAGUGGAGGCGCCGUGUAAAGUCGCUGCCGGUGUGGACACAGGGUUACUGUGGCGGUUAAAACACUCGGUACUCAAGGGGGCGCUAGAGGACAAGUCGGAGAGGGGUCUGCUCGGUUGGAGUGGAAAGGCGAUGACGUAUUGCAGACGUUUAUGUAGGCAGGCUGUUUUUGCUUGCUAGGGUUGCGGAUAUGAGACGGCUUGGACCGGCCUGGCUGUCGUUAUAGCGCCCCCUUGCUGUAAUAGAAUGCAGCUCACGCUUGCAUUGCGUUCCGAUUCGCAUCUGACGUUUUUAAAUGCGACCGUGUCCUUGCGUGAAGUCUGGAGUGCGUCAGGCUCGAGUCCUCGUGGUCCGAAGCCCUGCAGACUUCAGCUCACUGCCUCAUUAAGCACACCUGAUUCAGCUCACCAGCUAAUUAGGCCUUAAUGAGCUGAGUUCAUUGGAUGAGGUAAACGCUGAUCUCCGCAGCACUUUGGCCCAGAAACCAGAUGCCUGCUUAAAACCAUUGAUGGAAAACUGUCAACAGGCGCGUUUGCAUUGAAGGGGAAUUCCAAUAUUUCUAACAUUUUCACGUAAUCCAGUGUGUGAGGCGUAAAUCAGAGAAGUUCAGUGGGUUUGGUGUGAAACGGUCCAGACGUCUUUACAGUGGUGGUGAUGGGAACCAGGCGUCGCCAUGACUACAACACAGAUAUAGACACUUUAUUUACCAUCCAGAACCACCAGAGAACCUACACG